AUGGAAGCCAUCACCGGCUACCUCUUCACGGAGCUGAGCAGUGGCAGCAGCUGCUGCAGGAACCAGGAAGGAAGGAGACGUCGGAGCCUCCCCUCCAGCCGGAUCUCCCCACCUGCCCCUCCCCCGUCGCCUCCUCCCGCCAAGCUCCGGGCUGCCGCUCAGCUCUGCCCCCCUGCUCCCGGGAGGACUAAGGACGGAGUGGUACCAAAUGACUUGGAAAUGAGGGGCACAGUCCCCAUUGGGCAUAGUUCUACAUGGAUCAGAGGACUGGAAAAUUGCUGGCUUCAAGCCCUUGGAGAUGGCAAAGAUAUCUGGUUGACUGGGAAGGGACAGAGACAGCCUCCCACCUCACACUACCCCUGCAUACUCUGGGACCCGACAAACUGUGCCAGAAGCAAAGUCAGCAGGGCACUCAAGGGAAGAGGGACAGCUGAAGCCCCACAGAGGCUAUUCACCGAGAGCAAUGCCCUGCCAGGUCGGCCGCUGUGGGAUCAGGAAUGCCGGUGCAGUCAAUCUGUGGGGAGAGAGAACUAUGGGGCAGUCACCAGCUGGCUGUUACAAAGGAAAGCCAACUUGAGGGUCCCUCAGACACCUUUAACCACUGCUGGAGCACUGUGUUCAGUUGCUGAAGUAAUUAAGAAUUGGCUCUUGAGAAAUACCUACAAUUCAUCCAAAUGGAUGAGCACUGACAGGUCAGUGCCUGAGAAAUGGAGGCACCACCGGAGGGUGUGGCUACAAAGGCUCUUCUAUGGCCUCAGAAAUGAUGUGGGCCACUUGUCCGCUCCACCUUGUCAGACUGCACACUUCCAGGAUACCGUCUGUCUGGCCCCCCUUCAGAGCCUCAGCAUGGACAUAGCCUUCCAGGAGGGAGGAGUGCUGUGGGCAGCAGUGGGCAGGCCUCUGGAAGCAGAGCCACCCAGUGGCACCGGGCAGAGCUGCUGACAUCUAGAGCCUCAGGGCCUUUUACAUGACUGAGCAUCCCUGGGCAUCCGCAGAGCUGGGCAUUGUAAGAAGUUGGUCCUGGUCCAGGCCAGGGGAUAGCUGCUGCAGAUCUUCAACACCAGUGUCCAGGACUAAAGACGCUGUGGCUUUACUCCACAUCUGGGAAAGAAUGCAGAGGAGCCGCUCCUCAUUCAACCCUGAUCCACCGAGGAUGUGUUCCAAUCAAGAACAAUGCAGGCCACAGGCUAAGCAUCUUCCUUCCUUGUUAGAGGUGCCGUUCCCUAACACAAGGGGAAGGCCUCCUGCCAUAGUCCUCAGAACCCAUAUUAAAAAAGAAUUCUACUUCCCCCAGAUCUUUGUGCUACUAGCCACGGCCUUUGUAAGGAAAAGCAGGUAAGAGUGACAUCUAUAAGGGCAGGUGACUAGGGAAGAGGAUGUUUUAGGAAGGAAAGUGAGAAUUUAGAGAUGACUUGAGGUAACCCAGAGAUCAAGAGUCCGGGCUUGGAGCACUCCAGGGCUGUGAGCACUUGUUGCUCUUCUGGAGGACUCAGGCUCGUUUUCCCACCCACAUGGCAGCUCUCCCCACCGGCAAUGCUAGUUCCCUCU